AUGGAGCAAGAAGAUAAAACGAAGAAAAGAGUUCGGUUUUCGACCGAAGAGAUUAAUGAAUUGGCCAAGAGGCGAAGGUUAGAAGAGGAAGAAGAAGAGCAGAGGAUCGACAAUAAGAAACACACAUUAGAUAGUGAUGAAGAGGACAAUGAUACUGAAGUAAAAAAAUUGGAUAUGCGAAAAGUAAGUUAUUUUUAUAGUAUCUACAAUUUAGGUAUCAAACUGCUUUUGUAAAUAGCAUUUUCGUAAUUUCAGUUCGAAGGUCAAGAAGAUGCGACAGUUGAAUACGAUGGAGAAAUCAAGAUCAUGCCGUUUAAUAUGAAAGAUGAUCUCGAAGAAGGUUAUAUUGAUGAAGAAGGAGCGUUUGUUUAUAAGAAGGAUAAGGAAGAGAUCCACGAUGAAUGGUUGGACAGUGUGGAUUGGGAUGGAGUAAAGCAGAAAGCUGGGAAACAAUGGCAACAGAUGGUCGGUUGUGUUAUGUUUUGGGAUAAUUGUUUUUUAGGAUGAUGAUGAAGACGGAGAAGCUCCGAAUAUCGAUGGAAUCGCUGCUUGCGAAAAGAUCCUGGAGUAUUUGGAGCAGGAGGAGAGCACGGUGGAUCAGGUGCUUAAGAAGAUUAACUCGGAGAAAAGUGGGGUUUGUUUCUGUAAUUUUAUGUCUGCUAUGUAUCAUAUACAAUAUAGCUUUUUUUUAUUUUAGAUUUAACAGCAGCAGAGGAGCGAAAACUUCGUUGGGCAGCAAAGAAAGCGGGGAAAGAAUUCAAGAAUGAGAAGUCAGAAGAGGCCAAUGUUCUCACCGGAGCUGUCGAUGGCCUGAUCUCAAUGGGGCACAUGGACGCUUAUUCCUUCGAUAAAACGAAGAUUAUAAAUAUUUUGGAAGAUCUUGAAAGGAAAGUUAGGUUGGAGAGGAGAAAACGACAAGCUGAAGAAGAAGACAAACAGAAAAAGGAAGAGGAAAAGAAAUUAAAGGUCAGCAGUGAUCUCGUAGCCGAAUUGGGAGCCGCUUUUGAUGAUGAUCAGGAAGAAGAAGAGAUGGAACAAGAACCAUCAGGAGAGAAUUCGGUCCCAAUACCCAAUAUGAUUGAUGGAAUCAUCUCGGAAGUCGUUCCCAACACAUAA